UUUAUUUAUGCAUGCAUAUACAGUGAUGGUAUCAGGUGGUACUCAUGGACAGUAAAGGUUUUUUUACGCAGACAGCAAGGAAGUGAAAUAAAUGAGAACAGUAUGAGGGUCAAAGUCACCGAAGUGACCCAAUGACCCGCGACAGGACUGUCACGUGGUGAUGUUCAUUUCCGCCGUGCUGAAGGUGCGUUCACUGCGCAGUCCGUGACCACACACACACACACACACACACACACACACCAUCACCAUCAUCAUGAUGAUAACACGCGUGCGGUCCGCGGUCUCCAGCAUCAUCGGCGGCAUCAUGGCUUCGGGUUCCAGCGCGCACGAGAACCAUCCCGAUCUGCCGCUCCGGUUCCCGUACAGCAGGCCGGAUUUCCUCGCGCUGUCACCGGACGAGGUGGAGUGCUCCGCGGAUCACAUCUCCAGACCCAUCCUCAUCCUCAAGGAGAUGAAGCUGCCCUGGGCCGCCGGAUACGCGGAGGUGAUCAAUGCAGGUAAAAGUGCCCUAAAUGAGGACCAGGCGUGCUGUGAGGUGGUAGAGCUCAGGAAAAGACCCGCAGACCCAUCCAGCCCCAGCUACACGCCCACCAGGAGACGCUCCUCGCUGCCCAGCGCAGACGUCCUGGAGUGCAUCGACAGCACAGAGGUGAAGGAACAGAACUUCCACUACUGGGCUCUGUUUGACGGUCACGGCGGCUCCGGAGCCGCAGUUUUCGCAGCCAAGUUCCUCCACCUCCACAUCGAGGAGCAGCUGCAGGAGGUGCUGGAGAUCCUGCAGAACCCGUCUCUGCAGCCACCCACCUGUCUCGGCGAGGAGAACCCCAUCCACCAGCUCCACCCGUCUGCCGGCUGCUCCCAGCGAGGCCUGUCGCGGGCCGCGUCGCUCAGAGGGGCCGCCGGGGCCCCGGGGUCCCCUAAUACAAUGGCCCCGCGGUUCUUCAUGGAGAAGAAGAUCAAACAGGAGAGUCUGGUGGUGGGAGCAAUAGAGAAUGCCUUUAAGGAGAUGGACGCUCAUAUUGCUCGAGAGAGGAUGGUUUACUCGAUAUCUGGAGGGUGCACUGCUUUAGUGGUGGUGUAUUUACUUGGAAAACUGUAUGUGGCCAAUGCCGGUGACAGCAGGGCUCUGAUCAUCCGUGGAGGAGAGAUCAUUCCCAUGUCCAGCUCCUUCACUCCUGAAUCGGAGCGCCAGAGACUUCAGUUCCUGGCUCACCUGCAGCCGUCUCUGCUGGGAAACGACUUCACGCACUUGGAGUUUCCCAGAAGGGUCACGAAAAAAGAGCUCGGGAAGCGGAUGCUGUACCGAGACUUCACCAUGAACGGAUGGGCGUACAAAACAGUCCAGGAGGAAGAUCUGAAGUUUCCACUCAUAUACGGAGAAGGAAAAAAGGUAAGACAACAGUUAGACACUUCACAGCUGACAGAAACCACAGCUCGCUCGUUCAUGACUGUCGACGCUCUGCAGGUGAAGAUCUAUAACCUCUCUCAGUUUGAGCACGGCGCCGAUGACGUCAUGAUCCUGGCUACAGAUGGACUCUGGGACGUGCUGUCCAAUCAGGAAGUGGCAGAGGCGGUAUCUGGUUUCCUUGGAAACUGUGACCCUGAUGACCAGCACAGGUACACAAUGGCAGCUCAAGACCUGGUGAUGAAGGCCAGAGGUGUCUUGAGGGACCGAGGCUGGAGAAUCGCCGGAGACCGGCUCGGCUCUGGAGAUGACAUCUCGGUCUUCAUAAUUCCCCUAAUGCACGGCAUAAAACAGCCUCCACCAAGCUGACCAAUCAGAACGCAGGGCACCAACCGAAUCGGCCCGAAUCCGUUCCUGACCCAACAUUCAGAUGCUCAGACAACGUCCUGCUGGAGUUUAUGGAUCCCGCUGUGCGUUUGAACUCAUUUACAAUACGAACACUUGCUUUUAAGAGUUAGAAGUCGACAAAUGCUGACUUUGAAGACCCACGUCAACGUUCCCUACCUCCGCGUGGGUUGGUGGUAUAUAAAUUAUAACUUUGCACAAUGACUAAAGUUGGGUCCGGUUCUUUGGAGUUCUCCGUGGACAGAUGCGCAGCAUCCGCAGUUUGUUUAUCCGCACACAUCUGGCAGCUAGGCGGAACCAACCAUGUUUGGCUUUUCCUUUCAGGAUAUUAAUUUAUCCUCUGAAUGUUUAGUUUGCGGUUUUCUUUUUUGCAUUCCCUGAGAAAAAUAAUCAAAGCAAUUCUGGCUGUUACUUGUGCAUCCUGUUUUCAAAAGACUGCAAGUUACUGUAAACGAUAAGGUAUUUGUUUCCCCUGUGCUCUGUACAUUUGCAAUAGGUACUAAGCUAAAUAAUGCCGAUCUGAUCACGGUAAGAUUUUUGGGAUGAUGCAUUUUUAAGGAACAAUAAAUCUCGUAUCCGAUAAAUAAGUCUCGUGUACGCCGACCAUUCCCAUUAACACCUAGCUGCAAUCUGUUCUCCGGAGCUUCUGAGGUUCGGUGAGCUCUGACUUAUACAUCAUGUUCACAGUGGCACCUUCCUCUUCUACAGCACAAACCCGCUGUGAGCAUUUGGAAAGGCUUUCACACACACACGCACUGAUACACACACACACUC